CCUCUUCCCAACAGCAAGUAAAGGUAUUGUCCUCACCACAACAACACUUACAGACAUCGUCAAUACCACCAAUAUGUUCAACUUCGUCAUCUCCAUGCUCCUCCAGCUCUCGCUGUUCAUGCUCGCUGAAGCAGCGCCCAUCACCACGCAGGCAGCAAAGCCGUGGCAGGCUGGCACAGGAGGCGGUAUUGUGGGAUUUAUUGUACUCGUUCUCGAUAUCAUCGCCUGGAUUGAGAUCUUCAAGUCGAACCGCCCCGUCUCCAACAAGGUCAUCUGGGCUCUUGUCGUCUUCCUAUUCCCCGUCAUUGGCAUGGUCAUAUAUUACCUCUUUAGCAACCGCCAAGCUCAUAACACGUACGAACCCAUUGGCAACUAGCAUGGUCAUGGUUCAGCGUCCAUCCGUUGGCCACGAAGACAUGCGCCAUUAGUGUGAUAGGUUCCAAAAGACAAUGGAUACAUGGAAGAAUGAGAUAGGAAGCUGCGGACGCGGGUGACGAGUGUGAUUGAGCAAUGGUUGAUUAGAAUGGGUGGUAGUAGGGUUCGUGCUUACUACCGGUGCAGUUGUGAGGUUACUUAUUCAUUACAUGGGAUCAUGACG